AUCAAUAUUAAAAAAAAGAAAUAAAAAAAUAAAUUAGAUAAAUCGACGAGCAACAACUACAGUUUCAGUGUUACGGAUCUUGAUGCUGUAAUAGUAGUGUGUGUUUGUGGUGGAUCUUCUGAUCGUGAUCCUCUGCUUCUUCUUCUUCUUCUUCACCAUUUCUAAUUCUGCGUUUUUCUUUCUCUUAGAUCUCUCUCUCUCUACUAUCAAUCUAUCAAUGGUGUUCUCUAUCCAAUCUUUCAUGGCAUUUUGACUAUCCUUUUUACCAGGUCUUCUAUUUUAUCAUCUCAGUCCUAGUUCCUUCGAGUGGCUUUGUGCGAGUGAUGGAUCCAAAUAACCUUUCACCUGAUGAUGGGGUAGAAAAGGUCCACCAAAAUGGUGCUUUUGAGGAACCUGAAAAACAAGAGAAUGGCAUCGCUUUGAAUGAUGUAGACCACAGUGUCACCCAAAAUACAGAAGCUGCGUCUCCAACUGAAAAUUCCAACCAGCAUGAUAGCAUUACAACUGAUGACUCAUCUACGAGAGAAAAUGAAGAAUCUAAUGACUACAUGAGAGGAAAUAAUGUUACCAAUUCAAAGGAAGAGGAAUCGAAAGCCAAAGACCAAACACAGCAAUCAAAAGCACGGAAGGCUCCUGUGAAGAAUAACAAUACCAAAGCACCAAGUUCCAGAGGUGUACAUUCUAGUUCAGUGAGAAGGGGAAAAGAUGGAAAAGCUGAAGAGACCACAUCUGCUGUUUCAAAUGGUGCUUCAGCUCGUCCACGACAGCCUGCUAAAACCAGGUCAUUUAAUGAUCGGCAGAAUCAAUCGUCCAAGCACUCUUCAAAAUCCGAAGCAGCAUCUUCUGAGAUACCAACGGAGAAUACAAAAACAAAAUCAGUGAAAAAGGGACCCUCUGAGAAAGCUCACGGAGAAACAGAAUCUUCAGUCGGUGCAGAAGAUGACAAACCACGUAGGGUGGGGACACUUCCGAACUAUGGAUUCAGUUUCAAGUGUGGUGAGCGAGCUGAGAGAAGAAAAGAGUUUUACACCAAACUUGAGGAAAAGAUUCAUCAAAAGGAGGUGGAGAAGAGUAACAUGCAAGCAAAAUCCAAGGAGACUCAAGAAGCCGAGAUUAAGAUGCUUAGGAAGAGUCUAACAUUUAAAGCAACUCCAAUGCCAAGUUUCUACCAGGAGCCUCCUCCUCCUAAGGUGGAGCUCAAGAAGAUACCAACUACAAGGGCAAAAUCCCCCAAGCUUGGUCGUAAAAAGGGCUCAACAAAUCCAGACUCAGAUGGAAAUACUAGCAGCAGUUCUCAACAGGGUCGGUUAAGUCUGGACGAGAAGGCAUCUCAGGGUAAAUUGACUAAAGAAACUGUUCCAGUUGAGCAAAAGAAACCGCCAAGGAAAUCUCUUCCUACUCGACUAGCUUCUGAAAGGAUACGAUCUUCCAAUUCAACAGCUGCAACAACUAAAUCUAAGGUGGUGAAGGGCGAUAAGACCUUGCCUAGUGCAACAAAAAAAGAUACCAACUCAUCUAGUGCUACUGCCGGAGAGGAGAAAGUUAAGGUGGCUACAAAAAAUGAAGAGAAUACUACUUCAAUCAGUGGGAACAUUGAAGCUCUACCUCCUAGGGCAGUCCCUUCUGACGAUCCAGAUGAAGCAGAACUUCAGGUAAAUGGUGAUAUAGAAGUUGAAGAGAACCCUCAGCUCAUGCAAAAACCGAUCACAGCUGAGCAUUAAGCGAAACAGCAUAUUACAUGAGAAAUGGAUAGAUUCAUCUGGUGAAUAUCAUAAAAGCAUAUAAACAAAGAUUAAUUGACAAUGGAGGCUUGCAGAUUUGCAUUAUGGUUUGUGUUGUCAUUUUGUCCAAGCAGCACUUUUUUUUCUGUGUUUACUCUCUCAAGCUUGCUGGUUUGGUCCUUAUGAAAUUCUCCUUUCUUGCUUGCAGCAAUGUAUGUAGCUAUUUUGUCAGGUUAUAAAUUGUAGUUGAUCUUAAUUUUGGGUAUGCAGCACUUGUUCUGUUCAGUUGAUAUAGUUUGAUGAAAACAAAUUGAAGAAAAAGUUUGGCAGCUGAUGAUGGUACAAGUGAAUUUUGUUCAGGGCUUGCUUUGUUAAAACAACUGACAUUGUCAAAAUGUACAAGAUGUUUGUUUUUGUGGUCA